AUGAAGAUAUACGUUGCGUCCCAGCGAAUAGGAAUACUGGCCUUCUUUGGCUUACAAGCUACCCAUAUUUGCAGUAUGGAAUUCACCGGAUCAGCAGCGGGUGCUCGAGUCGCAAAAGCGUCAGAGGCCGCGGAUGGCGCAGGCUCGAUGCUUAAAAGCCAGGAGAAAGUAGAACUGUCAAAACCAUACCUAAACGAAGGAAAUCGCAUCAAAGGUCCUAGCGCAAUAUCAGGAAUGCGUAACUCCGGCAAACCCCCUCUGUCACCACCAAAAGACAAAAUCCGCGUCUUUGAGGCCCAGUUCAAGCAAACACUGCUUGACCGCGCAACUCUCGAAAAGCAACUUUCCCAGUCUAUCAAGAACACUGAAGACUAUGUUGAUGAAAUGAUGAGAAAUAUGUUGUCUAACGUCAAGGAAUUGAAGUCCUUGUAUAAGGAGAUAAUUCAAGGCGCUGGGAAGAAAUACUUGAUAUUGGUGAACUUCAGGAAAAAGCAAUGUUGCAAGUUUAUGCCCGCACUGUUCAUCAGCAGAUUUUCCAAACGAUAG